AUGCCAUCCAAGAAGGCAGAUGUCACCCACGGCCUUCCGCUGAGGCCGAAGCCGUCAAUCUCUUCGUCGAACCUGCCGCCACAUUCCAGCUCGGUACCCUCGACUCCCCACCAGCACGCUCGCAAGUUCUCUUUCGAGUCCAGAGACCACUCACCGAAUGCGAAUCAAAGCCACUCUCCUCGCUCCGCAUACUCCGAAACCAACUCCGCCGUCCCUUCUCUAAGACCCUUGCCAUCGCGCCAUGGUGGUUGCAAAUACGAGACAGCACUCAAAUUCUCCCGCCGAAGGAUACCGUAUAGCAUUGGCAUCGACCCGUUGGAAAAGACGGAUUUGAAGACCAUCAAGAACAAGCUGUCCGAAGAUGACGAACGCAAGCUUACUACAGACAUGCGCGAACUGUACGACCGGUUACAGCCGACUGAAGCGGUAGAAGCCAAGCGGCAAAAAUUAGUACAAAAGUUGGAAAAGCUGCUCAACACCACCUGGCCUGGUCACGACAUUCGCGUACAUCUGUUCGGGUCCUCGGGAAAUCUAUUAUGCUCGGAUGAUUCUGACGUGGAUAUCUGCAUUAAGACUGCUUGGAAGGAGCUUGAAGGCGUCUGCAUGCUGGCAGAUUUACUGGCCAAACAUGGAAUGGAAAAGGUCGUCUGUGUAUCUUCGGCCAAAGUCCCCAUCGUCAAGAUUUGGGAUCCAGAGCUCGAGCUCAGUUGUGACAUGAACGUCAACAACACUUUAGCGUUGGAGAACACUCGAAUGAUCAAGACGUAUGUGGAACUCGACGAGCGAGUGCGACCGUUGGCGAUGAUCGUCAAGUAUUGGACACGGAGGAGGGUUGUCAAUGAUGCUGCAUUUGGUGGAACACUGAGUUCAUACACUUGGAUAUGUAUGAUCAUAGCAUUUCUCCAGUUACGACAGCCCCCUGUUCUGCCGGCGCUGCACCAACGUCCUCACCAGAAGGUCACCCGGAAGACCGGCGAGAUUGCAGCGUUUGCCGAUGAUGUCGACAAGCUGAGGGGGUUUGGAAGCAAGAACAAGUCCACUCUGGGCGAGCUACUUUUUCAGUUCUUCCGAUUCUACGCUCACGAAUUCGAUUACAGUAUGUACGUGCUGUCCGUCCGGUCGGGUAAGACGAUUACCAAAACGGAGAAGAAGUGGCAAUUCGCUCAGAACAACCAGCUUUGCGUCGAAGAGCCGUUCAAUACCAUGCGCAAUCUUGGCAACACAGCCGACGAUACGGCUUUCCGUGGCGUUCACCUCGAACUUCGGCGUGCCUUCGACCUCAUCGCCCAGGGCAAGUUGGACGACUGCUGCGAGCAGUACAUAUUUCCCAAGGAGGAGGAGAGGAUAUUCCAGAAGCAGCCACCUGUGUCACGGCCAGUACCAGUACGAAGCGCUUCGCAACACCAAAAUAAUCGUGGCGGCCGUGGUGGAGCGUUUCGGGGUGGCAAUCGACAUUCUGGCCAAAACCGGAAUAACACUGGCAACAACAACAGCAAUAACCGCAGGGCAUCAUCAGUCGCAACGUACGACAACAACGCAAAUGCGAUGUAUGCCCCUUAUGCGAUGCCAUAUGGACCUCAGGACGCUGCCGCCAUGUACAUGCCGUCGUCUUCAGACGUUGUUGCACAGACACUCUCUGCGUUGCAAUUUCAGGAAAACAACCUGAGGUUUCUGCAGUACACGCAGUCGCAGCACUUUGCACAACAGCAGGCUCUACAUAAUGCUAACAUGCAGGGCAACGUUCCUCAGUCGCAGUCGUCAACAGAGCGCUCUAGGACGAACUCUUUUGACACUCCUAUGAGUGCGCCCCUUCGACCGGAAAUGCGGCCAGACAUGUAUUACUAUCCAGUGCACAUGCAGCAAGCCCAAGCAUACUAUGCGCAACAGGGCGUGUUUCCGACGUAUCCCCCUACAACCUCGAACAACCAGACUGCCGAGUAUCGACGAGGUUCACAGCGGUCCACAGCAAGUGAUACUGCGUCGUUAUCUGGAAGUACCCUUAGAUCACAAUCCCAACCAGCGUCGCGACCUGUCAAUGGCAUGCCAAAAGCUCAGAGCUUUGCAACCACUGGUCAAGUGCCGAAUGGAUUCGCUAGUAUUCCCGCCCGGCACAUAAACGGAAUCCCUAUCCCCAGUUUCAUCCCGGAUGAAGGCAACGAUUACGAACAAGAAGACUCAUUGACAAGCUCACCGCCUCAAGAGGAGAGGAGUAAUGGUUACUAUACUAGCCCGUCCAGUCCACAGCGAGUAACAAAUGCCUCGACCAACGGUAUGCCCGCUUUCGGUGACAUAGGUCCCCAGGCAUCGGCGCCGAGCCGGCGGCUCUCGUCUGAUCAAUUCCCCCAAUCUGUCCUCGAUAGGAUUCAGCACAAGUCACGAUCCCCUUCGCCUUUGGGCCAUAAUCGAGCCUUUUCUGUUGGCAGAAGCUCGGUUCCAGCUCCAGUUGUUGUGACGUCUUCUCCUGGCGCACCGGCUCGAGAGACAGCCCCUGUAGUUGUCAACGGCUCUGUAUCAAAACCUCCAAACGGUAGCAUUCCUCGCCAGGCUUGGCGUGGUGAAUCCACGACGACGGAAUACGCAGGGCAUGAAGGUAUGCUCUACAUCAACCAGUAUUCUUCGUCGAGUUCUUCCGGGAUGUCAUCAUCUCCUGAGCAGUCGCCUGUGUCUCAGAAGACCAACUCGCCAGUUGUGGUGAACGGCUCUACAAACUCGCCGGCGUUGGGAAACCCGCAAUCAAGCGGCGGCCCUCACUUCACUAUUGAUGCUGUAAAUGUCAACCCAACCGGGCUCGUCAAUACCAUCAUUUUCCCAACGACAAAUGGCUCUUUGGGUAACAAGGAAGUUGCGCCGAUGUCGCCGGCAGCACCACCACCACAGCGAGUUCCGCGCGGCUUGCAGAGUGCGCUCAUUGCACAACUAGACCUCGCCACGGAAAACCGCAUACAGGCAAAUGAACUACAGCACUUGUCGCCAGUCUACGAGGCCAACACUCCAUCCCCGAAUGUAACGAGGAAAUUGGAGCUGCCACUGAAUCAGAAUUCUACCUUUGCGUCGACUGCAGGGUACAGCAACCAAUUUGAAGCCAAGUCGGAUACGGCUAAAGGCAAGCAGAAAACGCCAGCCGAGGCUUCGCUGCACAAGUUUGACGUACCAACGCAUUCGAAUACGAGGGUGAAUGGUAUCCAAAAAGAGAAUGGUCACGUGCGAGGUGCGAAGAGUGAAAGCGACAAUGCCGGUACCAUUGGGACAUGGCAAAGGGCCCAACGGGGCAGAAAGAAGGCCACUGAGCCAAAUGGUCGAAGCGGAGUUUCCUCGCAAAGAGAGCAGCCGCCGAAGGAUGAAUCGGAGAGAAAAGGAGGCUGA